AUGUUCAACACCCACAUACGGACGAUUGACAACAACUCAUCCACCUCAUGCUCCUACGCCAUGUCUUCGUCCCCUCGACCUCAGCUACAAGUCCCAGCCAACUUUUCAUCACGCUCUUCAACUUCCUCCGACUCCUCGUCUUCGUCCUCUUCCUUUUCUUCCAUGGAUUCUCGAUCAUACACUCCCCGCGUGGAGACCCUUCGAUGCUCAAGGUGUGCCAAGUGUGUGGAAACCGUUAUAUCUUCCAGCCGAUCGCCAGUGACCUCGGAGGAUGCUCUCGCAAACGGAAUGGUACAAUUCGGACACAACCUUUACUACUGCGAGAGAUGUGCUCGGAUGGUUGGUUACGCGUGAAAGAUACAAGGAAUACCAGGACCUUUACUGGACUGGUACAAGAAACAGACUUUCAACACACUACAAUAUAAACAACUCGGUUAGGGAACAAUGCCCAAACGACAACCGAUCAACAUUUGGGACAAAAACAGCCCCCAGAUUGCUUCCUUGGGAUAUGAAUCGGGCACAGCAGAUCACACCCAGCUUGAAUCUCGACCUCAGCAAUUCAUUUCUGCUAUCAAAGCAAAGCCUCGAAACCUCCAAAUCGAUAAAAUUACCUCGGCCAUGAGAAUUCACGAGAUUUCUGCAUUUCGUCACCACCAAAUCGGGGUGCAUGCACUGCAUACAGAUAGGCGCGGGAUUUGUACCCGCUUGUGCAUUUAUCCCUUGCAACCACCAAUCACACAAUGCCACAUUCUCCAGCAGACCCGCCAGUCGCGACAUUCAAUUGGAAGACCUCCAACCCCAUGUCUUGAGUCUAGAACUCAGGGUGGUACGAUUAUGGCGCUGGGAAGACAGUAUGCAACCACACCUUCGUGGGAUUGUUGA